UAGUGGAUCCGCCUCUUAGCUUCGUUGUGUACAGCUUAUGUGUACAACAGUGACAGAUCGCAAGUGUUGGAUCUGCGUAGCAGCUCGUCCCGGCUUACUGACUACCCCGAAACAAUGCGGAUCUGACCAUGGUCAAAAUAAUACCCUGACUCACAGGCCACUGAACGGGGGUGAAACACGUCUCCUGGCUGCAAUGGACGCUGGCGACCAUAAGGCUGUGCAGCUAUCGGCUGAGGUGGAGCCCUUCGUGCCAGAGAAGAGGGCCCUGGACCCCAGCCUGGUGGCCAUGGGACUGUCCGGCGAGGUGGGCGGGGCUGCCCCUGAGGGUCCGCCCAUUCCCAGUUAUCUCAUCACCUGCUACCCUUUUGUCCAGGAGAACCAGCCCAGCAGGCCCCUCCCCCUGUAUGGUGGCGACAGCAGAUGGCUCCAGCCCAGCCCCAGCCACAGCAAUCCCUACAUGGCCUACCACCUUCUGUCCUCGGGCCAGCCCGCGGUGCCCAGCGACUGCGCUUACUACCACCUGGUGCCUGCUUCCUGCCCCCCGCUGCUGGGCUUCUACCCAUCUUUCCCCUCUGGCUAUGGCACUGCCCCGAUCGCAGCACGUAGUGCUGUCAUCACAGACUGUGGCGACCUCCCCUUAGCGCUGGGCCAGGCCAUCCCUGCAGCCAAUCAGAGGGCAAAGGCCAUCUCCCGGGCGACUGCAUUACCCAAGCAGCAGCCGAUGUACCAGCCCCAGAGAGGCAAGAGAGCUCCGAGUCGAGGUGUGGUGGUCCAGAAGGAGGUGCCGACCUUCAGCCAAGACGGUCGGCCCAGAGCCAUCAUGCUGGUGGACGCUGCUCAGCAAACCGAUUUACCACGGGCGGCGGACGGGGCCAGCCCGUCGCUGUGGAAGAGCCGGGCACGGCGGAAGCGGGUGGGGCACCUGGGGUUCCAGCCGUCUGGAGAGCAGGGCGCUAGCGAGGCCGACAUUGACAGUGACAGUGGGUACUGCAGUCCCAAGCAUGUCCAGGCAGCUGCCGCCUCCCACGGUGCUAAAAUGGGAGUGGAGGCUGCAGUGAUGACGGGUGUCAGCUGGCUGGGUGUGGCCUCCCAGAGGCCCUGGGGGGACAGGAAUGGUGUCUGUCACAGGGAAGGACAAGUGCCAUCUGAACAGAGAGCCUAUUCACAGCAGGACAUCCAAGUGCAGCAGGGGGACCGCAGUGGGAGCAGCGUGGCAGAAAGGGGGUCUGGCCCUCAGAGGAAGCUGCUUUUGGGGACAGAGCCCAGCACAGAGCCCCUCUACUUUGAGGAUGAAGAGGAGUUUCCCGGGCUGAUGUCAGGAGGUGGAGGUGGAGGAGGAGGAGGAGUAAGUCCUCCCCGGGGUACCCUUGAGGGUGUCCCGCCCAAGCUCCCCAAGGGCCUGCUGGACAGUCUUCCAGAGGGCUCGCCCAUGAGCAUCGUGAAGACGCCCAUCCCAAUCACCACCUCGGUGCCCAAGCGGGCCAAAAGCCAGAGGAAGAAGGCGCUGGCAGCCGCCCUGGCUACAGCCCAGGAGUACUCGGAGAUCAGCUGGGAGCAGAAGAAGCUGCAGGAGGCGCUGUCUAAAGCGGCGGGAAAGAAGAGCAAGACCCCAGUGCAGCUGGAUCUGGGAGACAUGCUGGCGGCCCUGGAGAAGCAGCAGCAGGCCAUGAAGGCUCGGCAGCUGACCAACACCAAGCCCCUGUCCUACACAGUCGGCACGUUGACUGCCCUCCCAGUCAAGGACAGCGGGGGCAAGCUCUCAGGUGCCAGUGCCAGGAACCAAGCCUGCACCCCGCCUCACAACAUCCUGGACUCCAGUGCCCCUCGGGUUAAGAGGGGCAAGGAGCGGGAGAUCCCCAAGGCAAAGAGGCCCACUGCACUGAAGAAGGUCAUCCUGAAGGAGCGGGAGGGGAAGAAGGAGAAGCCACCUCUGGACUCUGACGUGGCAGGAGCAGAGGAAGAGGAAGAGGAAGAUGAUGCCUCGCUGUCCUUCACCGAGGAUCUGACCCAGGAGCACCUGACCCCAGACGAGCACAGUCUGAGCGUGCCCAGUGAGCCCUCGCUGUCCCCGGCUAGCCAGAACUCUCCGUACAGCAUCACGCCCGUGUCCCAGGGCUCUCCAGCCAGCUCUGGCGUAGGGAGUCCCCUCGCUGCCUCCACCAUCACCAAAAUCCAUAGCCGGAGGUUCCGAGAGUACUGCAACCAGGUGCUGAACAAGGAGAUCGACGAGAGCGCCACCCUCCUCCUGCAGGAGCUGGUACGCUUCCAAGAGCGUAUUUAUCAGCGGGACCCCAGCAAGGCCAAAUCUAAGCGGCGGCUGGUCAUGGGGCUCCGCGAGGUCACCAAGCACAUGAAGCUCCUCAAGAUCAAGUGUGUCAUCAUCUCGCCCAACUGUGAGAAGAUCCAGGCUAAAGGAGGUCUGGAUGAAGCUCUGUACAACGUCAUCGCCAUGGCCAGGGAACAGGAGAUCCCGUUUGUGUUCGCGCUGGGCCGCAAGGCGCUGGGCCGCUGUGUCAACAAGCUGGUCCCUGUCAGCGUGGUGGGCAUCUUCAAUUUCUCCGGAGCCGAGGAGCUCUUCCACAAGCUGGUCUCACUGACGGAGGAGGCCCGUCAAGCCUACCGGGACAUGGUGUCUGCACUGGAGCAGGAGCAGGCCGAGGAGGCUCUGAGAAGCGUCAGGAAGCUCCCUCACCACAUGGGGCACUCGCGCAAUCCCUCGGCUGCCAGCGCCAUCUCCUUCUGCAGCGUCAUCUCCGAGCCCAUAUCUGAGGUCAACGAGCAGGAGUACGAGACAAACUGGAGGAACAUGGUGGAGUUGUCAGAUGUCCAGGAGCCGGCCGAGGGCGGCGCUGAAAAAGAGCCAGGCAGCAGGCCGGCCCAAACUGCUGCGGCGGGGCAGUCCAGGAACGUGGGGCUCGCGGCCGAGAGGGAGGAGGGCCGCCUGGACGACUCGCUGGAAUGCGCCUCGCAGCACUCGCAGCACUGCACAGAGACCGGCUCCCUCGACGGCAGUGGGAGGGACCCACACAGCUCCUCCAUCACCAGCACAGCCAGCACGCUAGUGCCCGGAAUGUUGGAGGAGGGUGAGGAGGAGGAAGAAGAGGAGGAGGAAGAGGAGGACUAUACCCACAGAGCUGUCUCGCUGGAGGUGCCGCCCCUGAGCAGCCGGAUUGAGUCGUGGGUCUCAGAGACCCUGGAGAACCUGCAGUUACAAGAGAUCCAGAAUAGCAGUGAGGAUGAACAGGCAGUGGUGGGAGAAGGUGUACCCAGUGAGGAAGAGCUGGAUGCGGUGGAGCUUAGCGAACCCAUGCUGGACUAUGAAGAGCAACAGCUAGAUGCCAAGGGCGGCUCACUUUGACAGACCGCACUCCGCCUCUUCCCUGUCUAACCCAAAACCAGCACCCCCCACCCCCACACCCACUCAUAGCAUGUGAGUUAAUGAGACAGCCUGCCUGGUACAGGAAUGGGCUGCAUUACCUCAGGAAGUUCUCCUGAACUAUCUCCAUCAACACAGUGGCCACGGUCUCAAAUUGUUAGCAAUUUUGGAACUAUAAUCGGUUCUGAAAACGUAUUAAAUUAUUGUAUAAAUAAGUUUGAGAAGUUCAAAAUUCUUUAAAGAAGUUCUUAACUGCUUAUCUCCGCACCUACUAAAUUGGACCAUAUGGAUCACUAAACCAAGGCUGUUCUAUUUUCCGGUGGGAGUUGGACGGUUUUGAGCCCUGUGUCUUCCGGGAUUCUGCCUGUUUGAUUUACCGUUAUAUGUGUAUCAGUGGACUGACAGUACAUGGCACUGUGCUGAAAAUGAAGGAAAUGUAAAUCCAGACCUGUUUCGGUUUGGAGCUCAUUUAUCACAACAACCUGCAAUGAACCUGCACUCAUUUUUGCACAAGAUACAUAAAUGUCAAAUACAGAUGAUUGAUGCUAACAGAUUGCCUGCACAUAUGACCCAUAUAACAGGUGUAGGUAAUCAAAUGUAAGGAAACAGAUAUUCCAUUUAGUUUUAUAGGAGUUAUGAUGUCACAGUCACAGAAAUGAACUUUUAAGUACAAAACAUUUUCAUGUGUUACUAACUUAUAAUAAAAUGAAACUAAUAUUUCUACAGAUUAUUUUGAAGAUUGUCAAGGAUAACAUGUACCAGUGCAAUUUUAAAUGUCUUGAGCAGAUUUAGUGGCACGAUUUUGCUGCAAUUGUUGUUUUUUUGAUACAACUUUUAUAUCUGUUUUUCUCAAAGGGUAAGACACAAAAAAAGGAAUCCAAGCUGGUCUUUGGCUUAGAAAAUAAUUCAGAUGGUCAUUAGUGUGCUGUAAGAGUGUUACAUUAAUUGACAUUUUUCUGUUUUUAUUCUGCAUUUUAGAUAAUUCUGAGAUACCUAGCAGAGCAUGCAGACUUGAAGAGUAUGUUAAAUGUUGUGUUCUGGUGACAGCCUUAGGAACCAUAAUUUAAACAACUAGGACUUCAGAAAAUUCAUUUGGCUUUUUUCCCCAUUAAUUUCAUGUAUUUAGUUUUGAAUGAAGGCAAAUUGACUUUUGAAUAUCCUUGAACUUUGGAAAGGUAUAUGUAUGUGCACUGUUCUGAGCCUCUGGAAAAAUACUAGCAGUUUGUGUCACCAGGACAAAAUGCUCUAACCCUUCUUAGCAUGUAAGGCAAGAUUUAUACGCUCACACUUUUUCUUUUGCUCUUUUGGGACCAAUCAAGGCACCAAUCAAGGGACCAAUCAAAGGACCAAUCAAGGGACCUGUAACAUUAACGUUAAAAAGCUGACUGGGUUUUCUCCAAGGCGCACUUUAAAUUUAUAGAUUUUAAAGCCAGUCUGAAUUUUACACAUCUGAAUAACGUGAUAAUAAGCAGCAUGAUGACAGCAUGUUACUGAGGUAUAUCUAAACUGAAUUGUCUCCCUUUUUAUACUAAUGGUACUGUACCUGUGUGUGAAAAAUAUUCCUGGCGUUACUGUAUUUUAUUAAUGUUUACCCAGUAAUAAUCGAGAAGGCACCAUUUGCACAAUGUAAAUACUACUCACGUUCUUACUUGUACCUAAUGUGAAACCCGAGCUGUAUGAAGAACUCUUAAGCAUAUUGCUUUUCUUUAUAUUACAUUUAAGCGUGUCCCUUUAAACUGACUCACAGUAAUUACUUACAAAAAAAAAACAUUGAUUUUGAAAUAUAAAGCCAGUCAGGAGGCGUUCUACUGAGAUAAAAUGAAACUUUAAUUUAAUUUUUAAAUGUAAUUUAAUUUUUAUGAAAUUGUAAUGUUUAAAUUGAGUCUUUUUUUAAUUACACUUUAAUUGAACAUAGUUGUAAGAUUGUCUUCAUAUAUAAGGAAAUAUUUAGGAAAAAUGUCUGCUUCUGCUUUUGGAUGAUGUAUUUCAAAAUAAUUUUGUAAGGACUGGAGCUUCCAGAGUGAUUUUCAUGCCAUAACUUUUUUCCUUUAGAAACUGGUUCAAGUAUUUUAACAGAAUUGAUAUUUAAAAAUCCUUCCAUCCAUCCACUAACCCUACUGCGGGUGGCAGGGGGCUUGCAGCCUCUACCAGGCAGCAUAAGGCACAAGGCUGGACUACACGGUGGACGGCAUGCCCCCCCCCCAACACAGGGCACAUGAGUACACAGUCUUAUGCUUUGAGCAACUUAGAGAUGCCCCCACCAGACACACAGGUGGAAUCAAAAACCCCCCAGUUUUAUACGUGUGAAUUUUAUGCUACCGUUCAGAGCCAAUGUGCUGGCUUGAUAGUCAUUCUUAGUAAAAUCACUUUUCACUGAGUGAUUAUGUAUGUGAUUCCCUGUCAUUUCUGCAAUAACGUUUUUAAGCAUAAUAGAAUUGACAGUUAACUUACAAAAGGCUUUUCCUGGGGGCUUACUGGCUUGUUUGGACUUCUUAAUUUAAACUGUUCUGUUAUAAAGAGAGGUUAUUGUAAAUCAUGCAUUUUUUUCUGAAAUUAAAAGUCUUUUUCUUUCA